UCCAUCUGUCUCCCUGUAGCUCUUCCCCUUCUUCUUCUCCUGCUUCGCAGCCAUCUCUCGCAUGGGAGAUCCUCCACGUUCACCAACCCCAGAUUUUUACAGCAUUCUCGGGAUCUCAAGAGGGGCUUCCAUACUGGAUGUCUGCAAAGCAUACAAAUCCCUCGCCAAGAAAUGGCACCCUGAUAAGAAUCCGUCGAAUAAACCCGAGGCUCAGGCCAAGUUUCAAGCCAUUAAUGAAGCCUAUAAGGCCCUCAACAAGGAGGAAGAAAAGACUACAAUGGGAGCUGAUGAUUCAACCACGCCUAAAGGGUCCUACUUCCACCUGAGCAUGGACGAUGGCUUCUUCCAGCUCCCUUCUUUUCUGUCAAAGAGUUCAAGUAGGCGAAGCCAUACUCCACCGCGUGCCCAAACCCCUACAAGGUUCGGAGUCUCCUUGUCCAAAAGUGCUAGUCGGAGAAACUCCAUCCCCACCGAUUUUCCAAUCUCACCGUCAACAACCACACCCACUUGGACUAGCAGCAGCCCUGCAGACUUCCCCUCCUCCCCAUCAGACGGUACGCCCAACAGGAGGAGCACCACCCCCACCUCCCUAUCCAAAAGUGCUAGCAGGCAGAGCACCACCCCUAACUCUCUAUCAAAAAGUGCUAGUCGGCGGAGCAACAGCGCUGGUACCUCAACAGAUUUUGCGGCCUCUCUGUCGAAAAGUACAAGCAGGAGGAGCACCACGCCUAUCAUCUAUUCCCAGUCGACAGUUCGGAGGAAACCACAGCCCAUUGAGAAGAAGCUUGAGUGCACACUGGAGGAGCUGUGCCAUGGAUGCAACAAGAAGAUCAAGAUCACAAGAGAUGUCAUCUCCGACAUCGGGCUAAUAGUUCAAGAAGAGGAGAUACUACGGAUACAAAUAAAACCAGGAUGGAGGCAAGGAACAAAGGUUAAAUUUGAUGGAAGAGGCGAUGAGAGACCAGGUACUCUCCCAGCUGAUAUAAUCUUCUUGAUAGAUGAGAAGAGACAUCCCAUCUUCAAGAGGGUAGGCGACAAUUUGGAGAUAGGAGUUGAGAUCCCUUUGGUGAAGGCUAUUACUGGUUGUCCACUUUCAGUUCCUCUAUUAGGAGGUGAAAAGAUGAGCUUGUUCAUUGAUGAUAUCAUAUACCAUGGAUAUGAGAAGAUUAUUCCAGGCCAAGGUAUGCCCAUGGCCAAACAAGAAGGAAGGAGAGGAGAUCUGAAAAUCAAAUUUCUUGUCAGUUUCCCAACAGAAUUGAGUGAUCAACAACGGUCUGAUGUUUAUAGAAUUCUGCAGGAUUCUUCUUGAUCUUCAAAAUAUGUUGAUGUUCAUGUUUCUUGGUUUUUGCUGACACCCUCUUCUAUGGAUGAAUACAGUUAACAUUUUGUCACAAGACCUCAAAAUCAUGCAUUUUUCAUAGCAUUUUAUACAUUGCUUUGAUGUAGAAGCAUUUGAGUUUUUAUCAACAAAGAACAUAAAUG